AUGUUCUACAACCGCAACCAACCAAACACCUUCCGUGUCGAAGUGGUCUUCAGCAAAUCUGAAUUUCCCUAUGGACUCGCGUCGUUAGAGGUUUCUGAAUUGGACUGCGUUGAUAAAUUGCGCGCUUGUGCGAAAAAACUUUUCUCGUACGAUGAUUUCUCGUUGUUCAUCAUCAUUAGUCGUGGAAUCUAUGAAGAGCUUGUUGAUGGAUCCCGUUUCGUCAAUUUCUAUUUGAAACCUCGCGUUAAUUUUCGAGGAAAAGUUCGUGGGGAUAUUCAUCUUCGCGUUGUGGAGAGCAAGGACCGUGAAGACUUCAUAAAGGCUCAUUCGAUUCCAAUGCCAUGGAAACCAGUGAGCGAUCUCAUUAGUUUCGACUCCUUCAAUGAACGGCCUUACUUCGACGAUUUGGAUUUGAGCGAAUUGAAGAUGGAGUUGGAUACUCAUGCCAAGAUGCUUCGUUAUGAAAUGUCGCAGAAAUUCAAGACUAAAAACUAUGAUUUGUUGAAGCGAUUGGCUGCUGUCGAGAAGACUACCAAGUCUUUGGAGAACAAGUUUUCAAAAAAUAAUUCAUCGGAAAAACUCGAGGCUCAUGAUGCAAUUUGCGACAUCUGCAAUAAGGAUAUCGUUGGACACCGUUUCAAAUGUCUUGUUUGCGCUGAUUAUGAUCUUUGCCAAUGCUGUGAGCGUCAGGGAAAACACGCUGAGCACGCAAUGAUGCGUAUGGUUUCAAAGAACACCCUAAUCCCAGAGAAAAUUAAGAUUGCUGCUCAAAUGUCAAGAGACAACAAACAGCCAACUGCAUCCAAGUCGAAGUCUAAAAUUGGAAACGUUUUCUUUGAUCCUAUUGCGAUGGAAAAUAAGUUCCAAUUUCUCACAAAAGAAUGCCAAAAGUUGGAGAAAUUCAUGAGACAUGAUAACGGUUUUCCUGCCGAGAAACCAGCCAAUCAGGAAGAUGCCAAAGCCGCAGACCAAUCAAAUAAUGUUACAAACCAUCCACAAAUCAACAUGCAAUUUUUCCCUCUCAAUGAUCGCGAAGAAGUGACAAAGAAGAUUAUUAAGAAUAUGCGUCUUGCGGACAAGCCUGCUAAGAUUGCGAAACCAAAGAAUUUCAAAGUCGGAAAGAACCCGAAGACGACCGACACUGUACCAAGCGAAAUGAUUGUUAGAUCCGGUCCUGCUGGUUACAUGGCAAGACAAGACAAAACGCCACCAUACCGCACACCAAGUCUCGCAUCAAGCUUUGAAACCUUGGAAUUUACUGACGACGAUUUCUCUUCUGACGAAGAAGUAACGAAUGAUUACUCUUGGUCAAGUCUUUAUCAAAAAGUGUCGGGCAACUACCAGAAGGCUCCUACUGUUGAUGUCAUUUCUGUUGAGGAAGAGGAAAAAGUUCACACCGCAUGCCCUCCGACUCCAGAUGUCAUUAUUGUCGAAAACGCAGAACUUCCUCCACCUUCAGAAGUUGUUAUCGAUGAUGGUAUUCACACCGCUUGUCCUCCAACUCCGGAGCCCGAACAGCCGGUUAAGGAUGACAUUGACUCGGUUGCCUCCGCUUUGCUCGAAAUGGGAUUCCAGUUCACCGAGAUUCAACGCGCCCUCACCGUCGUUGGAUGCGAUUUGGACAAGAUGAUCAUCCACUUGCUUCAGAACAACUAA